UAAAUCCCAUUUGUAAUGCCGCCUUUUUGUUGCGGUGGUCGGCGCUGUGCCAAGGAUGCUGCACAAAAAAGAGGACCCAAAUGCUGUGGCAGACAAAACAAGGAUAUCAUUCACUUGACGGCCACCGACUAUGAACGUCCGUUGACCCUCAAGUUCUAUGCUCGUCACGAUUGGCCAUACUUUAAUUGCACUCCGGAGGAGAUUCGCAAAAUGCGUGAGAAGCUCGAUCCGGACUCAUUAAAGAUAAGUGAGAGACUGUCGAAUGUCAAGAGCGAAAGCAGCAUCGAGAAAGGUAUCCAGAAAGUGGAGCAUGCCACGGCACAGCCAAUGACUGUGAAUCAAAUCUAUGGCUGGUAUCAAGAUCGUGCCUAUCGUUACCUCAAACAGGAUCGCGGCAUCUUUACCUUUCCACACGAGAACGAUCCUUUGAUACAACAGAUUCUACGCAACAAAAACAACAAAACUCGUUAAUAAUGCAACAAAUUUAAGUCUGUUUAAGGAAUAAUUAUUAUAAGAAAUUAACUGGUGGGUGUUCCACCCAGGCCAAACCAUA